AUGCGUUCUACACAAAACGAAGACAUCCCGAGACGGGUUUUUCAAACCAUUGCCAGCGAACUGCAUGUGCCAGUGGACGAGUUCGAACAAGGUGAUACCGAGUUCUCCGAGUUGGGCGUCGACUCCCUGGUAGCACCCUCCAUCAUUGCCAAAAUAGCCCGAGCCACAGCAAUCCAGCUUCCAGAGGACAUAUUCGAAACCACCGAAACCGUCGCCGGUCUCAGACAGCACCUGGCCACCCUAGCACCACCACCACCACCACCACCACCACCACCACCACCACUACCACUACCACCAACAUCCACCCCCACAGUCAGCCCCCCAAUCCUCAUCCGCAGGGCCACCAUCACCACCACUAAAAAGCCCAACAACACUAACACCAACCCCAACACCAACCCCACCCCCCCGCGCAAUCUCUUCCUCCUCCCCGACGGCAGCGGCGCCGCCAUGGCCUACGCGCGCCUGCCCGCCCUCCCCCACACGCACAUCUACGCGCUCAACUCGCCCUUCCUCCCCACCACCACCACCAACACCAACACCACCACCACCACAGCCUACACCUGCACCCUCCCGCAACUCGCCGCCGCCUGGGCCGCCUCCAUCACCGCCCUCCAGCCGCGCGGGCCCUACCUACUGGGCGGCUGGUCCGCCGGCGGCUACUACGCGUACGAGGUGGCGCGGUGGCUGGCGCGCCGCGGCCAGGUCGUGCACGCCCUGGUGCUGGUCGACUCGCCGUGCCGCGUGCGCUUUGGGGCGCUGCCGCUGGGGGUGGUGAGGUAUUUGGCGGGGAGGGGGUUGAUGGGGGAUUGGGGGGGCGUGGGGGGUGGGGGUAAACGUGGUGGUGGUGGUGGGAAGGGGGGGAGGGAGGGGGCGCCGGAGUGGUUGGUGCGGCAUUUUGAAGGGACGUUGAGGGCCGUGGAGGCGUACGUGCCGGAGGGGUUUGCGGAUAGGCUGGGAGAGGGGGUGGUGGUGCCGAGGGUGUAUAUCAUAUGGGCUUCGGAGGCGGUGGUGGGGAGGGGGGAGGUGGAGGCGGCGGGUUUGGAUCCGGAUGUUGAGGUGACGAGAAUGUUGCUGGAGCCGAGGUCAGAUUUUGGGCCUAAUGGCUGGGACACGCUGUUUCCGGAUGGGACCGAGCUGGUGAUAGGCACGAUCCCUUGCAACCAUUUUGAUAUUGUGCAUCCGCCGAAUGUCGAGAUGUUUGGAAGCCUCCUGGGGGAUAUCGCCAAUCCCAAGGGUGAAGCUGCGUGGGUAAAUGGGUGGCGAAAACUUACUGGUGGUGUGGUUGAAAGUCAAAUGUGA